GCCCUUUAAGUAGCUCUUCUUCUCGUCGCUCCCACACUGUCGCCGUCUUCCCCAUUUCGCUGCUUUGUUUUCAUUGUCGCUCUUUUGAUCAUGGCUGCUCAUUCUACGGAGGAACCGUUCCCCUUCCACGGGUUGCUCCCCAAAAAAGAAACCGGGGCCGCGUCUUACCUCACCAGGUUCCCCGAGUACGAUGGCCGAGGAGUGCUCAUCGCUAUCCUCGACACCGGCGUGGAUCCCGGUGCCCCCGGCAUGCAGAUCACAACUGAGGGGAAGCCAAAGAUUAUUGAUAUCAUCGAUACCACAGGCAGCGGUGACGUGAACAUGACCACAGUGGCAGAGCCUAAAGAUGGGACAAUCACUGGCCUUUCUGGGAGAAUACUUAAGAUCCCUCCUGCCUGGGUCAAUCCAUCAGGGAAGUAUCGCAUUGGAGUUAAAAAUGGCUAUGAGUUCUUCCCUAAGGCUCUUAAAGAAAGAAUCCAGAAAGAGCGAAAGGAGAAAUUGUGGGACCCACCACAAAGAGCAGCACUUGCUGAGGUCUGUCGCAAGACAGAGGAGUUUGACCUCUCUCACCCAACACCGUCACAGAUUGAUAAAUUACAGAAAGAAGAAUUGCAGACUCAAUCAGAACUGCUGGCAUCCUUAGAAAAGAAGUACAGUGAUCCUGGUCCUGUGUAUGACUGUGUGAUUUGGCAUGAUGGUGUAACAUGGAGAGCUGUAGUGGACACGUCAGAGUGUGGAGACCUGUCCCAGUCAACUGUGCUGUGCUCUUACAAAGAGAGACAAGAGUAUGCAACAUUAGGAAAUGCUGAGAUGCUCAACUACUCCGUUAACAUUUAUGACGAAGGCAAUACACUUUGCAUUGUAACAAGCGGAGGGGCCCAUGGGACACAUGUGGGAAGCAUUGCUGCAGGUUACUUCCCAGAGGAGCCAGAGCGUAACGGUGUUGCCCCUGGUGCCCAGAUCCUGGCUCUGAAGAUUGGAGACACCCGUCUCAGCACCAUGGAAACAGGCACAGGGCUCAUACGCGCGAUGAUUGAAGUAAUAAACUACAAGUGUGACCUGGUUAACUAUAGCUAUGGGGAAGCCACACAUUGGCCCAAUUCAGGGAGGAUUUGCGAGGUGAUCACAGAAGCUGUUCAGAAGCACAAUGUGAUAUUUGUGUCAAGUGCAGGAAACAACGGUCCGUGUCUGUCCACAGUCGGCUGCCCCGGGGGAACCACCAGCAGUGUCAUAGGUGUUGGAGCAUAUGUGACUCCAGACAUGAUGGUAGCAGAGUAUUCUCUAAGGGAGAAACUGCCACCCAACCAUUACACCUGGUCUUCCAGAGGGCCCAGUACAGAUGGAGCCCUGGGGGUCAGCAUCAGCGCCCCUGGUGGUGCCAUUGCAUCUGUUCCAAAUUGGACUCUCCGUGGCACCCAGCUGAUGAACGGCACAUCCAUGUCAUCUCCUAAUGCCUGUGGAGGCAUAGCGCUAGUCCUCUCAGGACUGAAGCAGAAUGGGAUACAUCCCUCUGUACCUGCUGUGAGAAGAGCACUGGAAAACACAGCUCUGAAGGUUGAUGAUAUCGAGGUGUUUGCACAGGGCCAUGGAAUAAUUCAGGUGGACCGGGCAUUAGACUACCUCACUCAACACGCCUCUUUACCCACAAGCCAGCUGGGCUUCUCAGUAAGUGUGGGCACACACAGAGGCAUCUACCUCAGGGACCCAGCCCAAAUUAUUGCACCCUCAGAUCAUGGAGUAGGAAUUGAACCUAUUUUCCCAGAGAACACAGGAAACUCUGAGCGAAUCUCCUUGCAGUUACACUUGGCACUCACAUGUGCUGCCCCAUGGGUCCAGUGCCCCUCCCAUUUAGAGCUGAUGAACCAGUGUCGUCACUUCAAUGUCCGUAUCGAUCCUGUUGGACUGCGGGAGGGAGUGCACUACACAGAGGUGUGUGGGUAUGACACAGCGGCACCUUCAUGCGGCCCUCUGUUCAGAGUUCCAGUCACUGUUAUCAUCCCUGCCAAGAUGACAGACAGUCGGAAUCAGGAGGUGAGUUUCACAGAUGUCCACUUCAGGCCAGGCCAGAUCAGACGCCACUUCAUGACUGUUCCUCAGGGAGCCACGUGGGCAGAGAUCACGUUGACUUCUCAUUCAGGAGACGUGUCAUCAAAGUUUGUUCUGCAUGCAGUGCACCUAGUCAAACAGAAAGCAUACCGAGCUAACGAAUUUUACAAGUUCUCUUCGUUGUUGGAAAAAGGCUCAGUAACAGAGGCUUUUCCUGUGUUGUCUGGGAGGGUUGUGGAGUUGUGUAUUGCACGAUGGUGGGCAAGCCUGGGUGGUGUCACAGUGGACUACAGCAUCUCCUUCCAUGGACUCAACACUUCACCUUCACCUCUUCACAUACAUGCCUCAGAAGGAGUGACAAGUUUUGAUGUGUCAUCGCCUCUGAGAUAUGAAGAGGUAUCCCCCACUAUUACCCUGAAGUCUUGGAUUCAGCCCCUCAGGCCUGUAAGUUCAAAGGUUAAACCCCUGGGAGGGAGGGAUGUUCUUCCCAAUAACAGACAACUUUACGAGAUUAUCCUCACCUACAGCUUUCACCAGCCUAAAAGUGGGGAGGUUACCCCCAGCUGUCCCAUGCUGUGUGAACUGCUGUAUGAAUCAGAGUUUGACAGUCAGCUUUGGAUGCUGUUUGACCAGAACAAGAGACUGCUUGGCUCAGGGGACGCUUACCCACACCAGUAUUCCCUGAAGUUGGAAAAGGGGGACUACACUGUGCGUCUGCAGGUCCGCCACGAGCAGUCUAGCGAGCUGGAUCGCCUUAAGGAUCUACCAUUUGUAGUUUCUCACCGUCUGUCCACCACCAUCACUAUGGAUGUCUACGAGACACAUCGAGCUGCCCUCAUGGCCAAGAAGAAGGCGAACUCUGUCACCUUGUGCCCCAGUGCCAGACAGCCUUUCUACGUCACAGCUUUGCCAGAUGACAAGAUCCCUAAAGGAGCAACUCCAGGAUGCUAUCUUUCAGGUUCUCUUGUAGUCGCCAAGAGCGAGUACGGCAAGAAAGCAGGGCAGGCCUCUGCAAAACGACAAGGAAAGUUUAAAAAGGAUAUUGUUCCAGUCUUCUACCAUGUAAUUUCUGCUCCCAACAAAACAAAGAAUGGAGGGAAGGAGAAGGACAAGGAAGCAGACAAAGAGAAAGACGUGAAGGAUGAGUUUGCAGAAGCCUUGAGGGACUUGAAGAUUCAGUGGAUGACGAAGUUGGACUCCAGCAAUAUUUAUGAUGAACUGAUGGAAAACUACUCUGACUACCUUCCACUCCAUGUGCAAAGACUUCACCAGCUGGACUCCGAGAAGGAGCGUGGUAAACGUCUCAGAGAAGUGGUAUCAGCAGCUGACAUUGUCAUCUCCCACAUCGACCAGACUGCCUUGGCAGUUUAUCUAACCAUGAAGACUGACCCUCGGCCUGAUGCCGCCUCUAUUAAGACUGAUAUGGAGAAGCAGAAAUCAUCUCUGCUGGACGCUCUGUGUAGGAAGGGCUGUGCUUUAGCUGACCAGCUCCUGCUGCCCCCUGUACCACAAGAGGGAGCAAGUGCUGUCUCCAUGGGACAGGACGCAGCUGAGGAGGCUGGGGACCUGGUGGCCUGCAGCUCUGAUGACAAUGUAGCUAAAGCCCUGAUGGACACGUUUUGGGAGGUGCAGAAGUGGGCAGAAUUGACUGACUCCAAGGUUUUGAUGUUUUCCUAUAAACAUGCUCUGGUAAACAAGAUGUAUGGCCGAGCUUUAAAAUAUGCCUCAAAGAUGGUUGAGGAGAAGCCCAGCAAAGAGAACAUGAGGAACUGCAUCCAGCUUAUGCGACAGCUCCAAUGGACCCACUGCGCCUCCUUUAGUGAAAACUGGUUCCCUGUCAUGUACCCCCCAGACUACACAGCGUUCUAAGACAUGCAAGCAUGAGCAGCAUGACCAUACAGGGUCCCUCAGGGUCACGUGGUCUAUGCAUCUGACCAAACAGCUGCCUCCUGCGAUUUUCUUAAGCUUUUUCAAAUUUGAAUUAUGUGACCAUCAGAAUGAAGUAUGAACCUGUGCUUCACAACAUAUAAGGUGAGAUCUCAUAAAUAAUUUAAACCAGACAUUUUGUAUAAAUGUCUUCUUAAACAUUAGAGGCCAGGUUGUCAAGAGAAAUCAGCACAGUUCACACAAGGUGUUUUUUUUUUUGUUUUUUUUUUAACGUCUGAUUCUCUUUUAAAUCUUCUGGAUCAGUCAUAUAGUUUUAAAUUAAUUAUUUUAUUUUCUACAUAUGUGGAGGCUUUUAGAUCCACCCACCCUCCUCAGGGUGACUGCUUGUCAUAAAAAGAACCUCAUUUUCUCAUGUAAAUACUUUUAAAGGGCGGGUGUGAACUCUGGCAAUUCAAGUCAAGCUUAACUGUGACACAUUUACUCGCUUAAAAAAAAAAAAGUCACAAUGAUAACUUCAGUGGGAUGAAAGAAGGAACUUGCUGCUGCACAAUGUUUAGGAAUACGAGGGCAUGCGGAGUCUGCUCAAUACCCGAUUUAAAGGAGGGAGGCUUGGGCAGAGUUUGAUUUUUGUUUUUGUCUUCUAGCCAGAUCAGGAAAGUCCAGAGCAUUUACGUUUGUUCUUGUCCAUCUGCUUAAACCCCGAAUCCUGUUCAUAAUCUCAGAUCACAAAGCGUGUUGAGGUGCCUUUUGUUUACGUACCUUACAAUUACUGAUGGGAUGCAGAGUCAGGGUUUUAAUCACAGGAGUGUUUAGCGUUGAGUCUUGGCCGCUUGCAGUCAUUUCACCCGUCAGCCUUCAGUGUGACUUGGAAGCUCACACCACCAGUGUGAUGCGUCAUGUGCACAGCGUGCCGGUCGUUAGCGGCACAAACACACCUUCCCAUGUUCUCUUCACCCUCAUGCUGUACUCACCUGAGCGCCACAUUUGACAACCACCACUAUAAACCUCACUAACACAACACGUGCUGUUGUGGGACACAGUAGGAUGUUCUGAUCAGCUCUGUGUAUGUUCUUCACGUGGAGUUACAGACAUUUCUCCGCAGCGUUCAAAAUGCUGCAUUUGUACACAGUGUCAGAGAGUAAUGUACAUACACACACCAUAAAAAUAUUAAGAUGCAAUAGGUAUAUAAUACAAAUAUUAUUCUAAUUGUUGUAUUUUGCAUACAGUAUAUGCGUGUCUUGUAGGAUAUAAGAAAGAAAACUUACUUUUAUUUGGAAGCAGAUUUUAGUGUUUUAAAAGAUUUUUAUUCCAAAACAAGAUAUCCACUAUUGUUGUUCUCAUGCCUGUGUUUGUGAAUGAUUUUACAUAUAUACUUCUGUGCAUAAACAGGACGAAUACAACAGCCAUUUAAAGGGAGGUUUAACAUGAGGUACUUUCUUUCCUCCAGGUAAUUUAAAGGACUGCGCCAGUGUUUUUGCAUGUUUUUUUUUAUUUUUUAUUUUUUUUAUUAAAACGCUUCACAUACACGUUAGACUACAACUGAACUUGCUUCAUGUUGUGUUCACCCGAGUUCUCUGAACAGACGGUGUUAAAUCUUCAGCUUCUCAACAUGACUGCAAAUUGAGGUGUAAAUACUCUAUAUUUAGUUGAGGACGUGAGAAUUGCAAAAACAGUGGUGUGAUCUUUUAAAUGGCUUCAUCAGGAGCUGGGACAUUUUUUUUCUGUCACAGUGCUGGUGCACGAGGACUAAAGUAGUGUUUCCUUUUUUUCUAAACAAUAAAACUGUAUCCUACA